AUGGGACUUUCCGACAAGACACAGCACCAGUUCGACGGUGAACUUCACGACACUUCCGAGAAAUGGGUCAUUUCGGAAAUCUCCUUACUCUCGCAGAUGAAGCCGAUUAGCCUUCCCUCAACUGCCGUAGCGGAUAUGGAAGAUGACGUUCACCAAGAUAAGUGGCCGACUACUCCAACGGCGGCUGCCUUUAGAAUACCGACGGUUUUCCCGUGUCCUCCGCCGCCGAAGAAACGAAAAACAUCGUCGAAGUUUGACUACAGCGGCGCUAGAGAGUUCUUCUCUCCACCGGAUCUCAAGACUGUCUUCAUACAAAAAUCUACAGCCCCUCCUUGA